GGCUCAACAACAGGCCCGUGGUUGCGCAAUGUCUCUACCUGCUUGUCUCUCAUGAGAAUCGUCAAAUUCAAAGCACGCGCUGAGCACAUGGUAUUCAGUCACUGACAGGUCAAGCUUAUAUAUUCCAGGGUUUAAUGUAGUACUGUAUGUGUUCUUAAGACGUUGACAGGGGCUGUGGUCUCCGGCCGGUGGCCCGGACAUCCUUCGGUGCCGACCACCCACUUCACUUCAAUUGGCAGGUCGCACAACGGCAGCAUCCCUUGCAUGCAUACCGCAAAAUGAUCGUCAGAAGCAACCGACACCCUGCUCCUUGGCACACAGCUACGUAUGCAACAUCUCGCCCACCACCACCACCAGCAUCCUCCCCACCUCAGCCUCGUCCAUACCGACCAAGCUCCGAACGUCAAGCGCAGCAGCUGCCGACGGAAAUCACAGCUCCUGCACCACAAAGGAAGAAGAAGCCCAGUCUUCUUAACAGCCUAUUCGAAGGCGUCAUACCAGAAGGACCAAAAGAUCCAGCGCGCGGAUUACAAGCUUCUCAGCAAUAUGCGACAACGGGGAAGGUAGAUCCGCGGUACAAGCCAGCUGCGAGACGGUGGGUUUUGAUCAUUGCAUGGACGCCAUUCGUGAUAUAUGGCGGGUAUGAAUUAUUUCAGAGGAGGUUCUUUGGCAAGGAGGCCAAGGUCAUCACCGCUAGCUGAGGGUUUGGCGGGUAUUCCAAUGGAAUCCCAACAAAACCAUCGCCUGCCAUAAGUCUCGCAGCAACAUAUCUACGAAAUAUCUCUUUGGGACAUCGCCAAGGUCCUAGCCUUCGCUGAGCACAUCACCGGCAUCCCAGCGCCGUACUUACAGCACUAUAGUAUGCUGUAGGCCUCACAGCAGCUCUUCAUCUUGCGAUUUUUCCUGCGCAGCAUCUUCG